AUGGAUACCCAAUUCUUUGGCACGUCAAACUUUGGCCCUGUCUUCAACUUUGCGCAUGGACAGGGACCUGCCAUGCACUACCCUGAAGGCCAAUACCCGGUUUAUGCUGGCUUCCCUGGUCUUCAAUAUAUGUAUGCAUCGCAACAACCACCAAACGAAUACCCAUCCGACCGCAAUUCUCUCAGUGACGGCAAAACGGAAUCUAAGCCACGGCUGUCCAAGGACGAGGUUGAGAGAUUAGAAAAGAUAUUUUCUGAAAACCCCAAACCUUCCAGCUCGGUCAAGGCUCAGCUUGCAGAUGAGCUAGGACUUGAAAGGCCAAGAAUCAACAACUGGUUUCAGAACAGGAGAGCGAAAGCAAAGCAGGAGAGGAAGCAGGAGGAGUAUGAAGCACGUCGUGCUGCAGAAAAGGCUGGCUCUGAACCCAAAUCUCCUGCAGAUACACCUUGUGGCAUUGUGGGAGCUCUCGAGCAAGAAAUUCACCAGCGCAUGAAGCCAUCAUCUGCGCCUUUCCCUGGACUCGAAUCAGCUACGGAAUCAACACACGACGCAGAUAGCGAUGCUGAAUGUGAGGAGGAUGCCACGGGUGACUCAGGAGAUUUUGGCUCGCCUUUUACUUCUCAAUCAAUGAAGCUGCAUGCAGAUGCUUCAUCGGGUGAACUGCAAUCUCCAGUGUCCCUCGACUUAUCACAGUCAGAAGAUCUAGGCUUCCCAUACUCACAAACGUCCCAGACCUUCAGCGCUCCUGGGUCCAUGCAGAGCUAUGCCUCAUUUGGGUUGCAAGAUCAUCAAGCGACGAAGCAAUCAAACCUGGAACUGGGCCUUGAAGAAAUGACGAAUGGAUUGCCUUCACCUGAAGAGCAACUCACAGCUUCUAGCUACCAGGCUGAUCACUAUCUGAGAGUGAUGGGUUCGAGUUAUCCAAACCCGGCUUUGUCGUUUUACCAAUCUCGUAUUAUUUUGGAAGAACAUGAUUUAGCGAACGACACCAAACAGGAAUCCAUAGAGGAAGUAGAGCACAUUUCUUGUCACGCCGACCAAGCAAUGUCAUCGCUUCCUAUGGGCAUCCCAAUCCCUGAUAACUCUUUCAAGUCACCCCCUCCUCCAGCUAAUCUUGCAUCGCGGCGAAAUAUCCCGCGGCCGGCAACUCUUCAAGUCGGAAAUAUGCGAAGUCGAUCCUAUAACCUUGGGCCGAAGACAGGGAUGGACACUUUGAGACGAGCAGACCCUACUAGCCCGGCGACGGCUAUGCGCAGGAUAGCUUCAGCUGGCGGAAACAUGGCUGGUAGAAUCCAUAAGCAAGCCGCUGGUCCACGCUCGCCGCUUUUCUUGAACCGCAACACCGAGGCAUUCUUCAAUUAUCACUCGCGUUCACCCGUUGGGGUUUUUAGCGCGGCAUUCCCCAGUGCCACUCCGCCCACUCCGAUGACUCCUGCCGUCAUGAGCCAAGGUGGCCGCGAGCCGACAGUUUCAUCAACCUGCUCUGACGAUGAUGCGUUCAUGCUCGGUCAUGGUAUGGAAUCGUUGAAGACGCCCCCUGAGACUCCUGGCGUGCUGGGAGGCCUGACCAACAACUUCAAUGGGCAUCCAUUCAACACUAGCAUGGAUUUCGCUAUCGAUCAGCCAUUGCUAACGCCAUAUAUCCAAACGGAGUUUCCCGAUCUUUCACUCCGUCACAUCCCGAGCUAUGUCGAAAUGAGUGACAAUAAUAGUCUUCCGUCAACACCGCUAUACCACAACAUGAUGAGUGCUGCAACACAAAAUCCGAAUUGUCUAGCCGCCGUUGUACCAGGCAAUGCCCAAUUUGAUUGGGAUGCAAAUGAGUCCAUCACAUCAACGAAAUCGUCCCCGGGCCAGCCACAGUCUAGGCAGAUCCAGUUCACCCCAAACAUGACCCCACAAGACUACAACGUCAUCCAAGAGAGGUGA